CUCCAUGACUUAAACUCCAUGAAAUGUUUAGAAUGGGUCAGCUAUGUGGACGAUGCAUGCAGCUCCUGCGGGACUUCAUAGGCUUUGUUCAGAGGAUGUCCUCUGACUUGGUGCAAGGCAUCAAGGCGUGCUUAACUCUGAUAAGCAAAUGCUCCUGCUUAAAGCAAAACGGCUCUAAAAACAGACAGCUGUACAAGCCCAUCCUACAGCCUCAUGAGAGAGUGACAGCGCAGGAGUUUCUGCAGCAUAUUGAGAGAGAUUUUGAAAUGUCUCCACUUGGAAAGGACCCUCUGGAAGCCUUGAGGACCUUAUCCUUUUCAGAAAACCCAGGUUUACAGCAGUCAGCUGCCCUCUAUUACUUGCAUAUGAGUCAGCACAUGAACCUCCCCCUGCCUGUGGAGCAUCUGGAACCCUUCUAUGCCUUACUGAGUUCUGCUGACCUGGAGGUGCAGCAGAUGUCUUCCUUGUCCCUUGUCAACUUCUUGCUGGAAGGAAAUAUUGACAAAGAAUUAGUUGUCCAAAUGGGGUUACUUGAGCCAAUUCUGGAUCUGCUUGAGUCAGAGGAUCCCACUGUCCAGUGUAAUUCCUGUGCCUGCAUCAUGACUUUGGCUGUUUCAGAGUCCAACCGAGAGGCUAUUGGUGCUGCUAGAGGAAUUACACCCCUACUGUCUCUUGCCAAGUCCUAUGAUCCCAGAGUCCAACAAAAUGCAGUUGGUGCUAUUCUGAACCUCACACAAUCAGAGAAAAUCCAACAAGUCCUAUGCAAGGAAGGAGCCUUACCAGUUCUUGCCUUGCUGCUGGAAUCUCCUGACUCAGAAGUCCAGUAUUACAGCUGUGCUGCCCUGAGCAAUGUGGCAGCCAAUGUUCAGCACCACAAAGACUUGCUGAGACCCAGUGACAGAUUCCUUCUGCAGACACUGAUCUCUCUCCUAUCUUCUUCUGUGGACAAGGUUUCAAGCCAGGCAUGUGUUUGCCUAAGAAAUUUGGCUACCAGUGCAGACAUCCAGGCUGAGAUGGUUGCUGAGAAUGCCCUGCCCAAGCUGUGCUCUCUCCUGGCCUCUGGCAGUGAGGACGUGCGUCGUGCCUCCAUUGCUCUGCUCUGGAUACUCUCCCAGCACCCACCCAACCAGGACACUCUGGCAUGUGCUGAGCUACUGCAGAGCCUGGGGAUGUUACUGGCAGCACAUAAAACAGACCCUGUGAUUGUUGGACAUACUGCUUGCAUCAUCAAAAACCUGAGCCUUUGUAAAAACAGACAGAGAAUCACAGAGAGCUGCUGUGUGGAAGGUCUCCUCCAGACCAUGCUUGUGACCGAGGCUCAGGAGGACUCCCUUCGUUACGUGACAUCCUGCCUCGCUGAGCUAGCAAAGCAAGAAGGAGCCAUGUUGCACAUGGUCCAGUGGAUGGAUGAACCUUUGACAAAGUGCUUGGUGAGACUGGCUGGGCAACUGGAAUAUCCUGAGCUAUCCUUUCAUGCUGCCUCCAUCAUCCAGCACAUGAUUGGUCAUGAAAAAAUGAUGCUUUUGUGGAAGCAUCACACUGGAGAGAUUCAAGCCUACCUCAAGAAUUUUCUUACCCACCAAGAGGUCCGUUUUCAGCAGCUGGGCAUCUCCACAUUCUGCAGACUACGAGCAGGAGCUGAGAGCCCAUGAACCUCCGUGUCCCCUACCCAAGAUUUUCUCACUGAUUCAGAGAGCAAUGCCUCAAGCCUUCGGCGGUGCCACAAACUCAAGCACCCAGAGCGAGCUCUGCCCCCAACAGCGUUGUUUAGCAAAGCACAAAAACGUGCAAGAUUUCACAGUUCUGCACAACAGCAACCAAAAGUGUGGGAUGGAAUAAUGAAUGACAGUAGAAAUCAGCAUCAAACUAAAGAGAAAGCAACCCGCAUCGCUCCUCUUAUCACUCAAACUGCACUGCUUUAUAAAAACCACACACUACAUAAAAAAGCACAAAAAACGACCAUUUUCCAUUUGCUCUGAAACGAGCAAACCCCAAAAAUCCCCAAACCUGCAUCAUCAUUCAAAACUCUCAGGUUUCACACAGUCUUCAAUAGUCUGAUAAGGCAAAGGAAAAGUCUUCCAUCAUUGGGAACAGCAGCAAUUUACAGGACUCAGAACAAGGUAUUUCCUUGUAUGUGUGUGCACACGUGUGUGCACAUAUGCAUACACAUCUUUUAUAGUAUUGUGAACAUGGAUGUAACUAAAAAGAAUCAAGUUUGCAGUUUCUUUUUUACCACAUUUAUCUAAUUUAUUCAAUUAAAUUCAAUUUAUUUCUGUACUGAGCAAAAUUCAUAAAUACAUAAUCUAGGAGAACAAUAGGUUUUCCUCUUGUCCAUGAAAAAA